AACACUUAUAUGGCGCAACGCAGUGGUGGUGAAGUUGGAAAUUAGAAAUUUUUAGCGUGGGAAAAUUGCGAAUUUUUGCCAUUUAUCUAUAUAAUUUUCUUCAAAAUGGCUGAAAUGGAUAUGGAUAUAGAUCGAUCUCUAGAUGAUAUUAUUAAACAAAAUCGUGGAAAAUUCAAUAACUAUAGAAACAGAGGUGGUCGUGUAUUGAGAGGACGCCGUGGUCGAGGUAAUGCCCAAGGGUUUAGAGUUUCAAGGGCUGGUUUUAACACUAGACAAGCCGGUGAUAAAUCUAAGUUCGGACUUGUUUCACCAAGGGGCACUUUUAAGGCAAGGAAUAGGCCUCUCUUCUUGACUACAAGCAGAAUCAGACGAGGAUUAAACAGUAAUGUUUCCAUGGGUCCUGCUAAACUGCUGAUUUCAAAUUUGGAUUAUGGAGUGUCUGAUUCUGAUAUUAAGGAAUUAUUUGGUGAUUUUGGAAAAGUUCGAAAAGCGGUUGUGCAUUAUGACCAAUCAGGUCGCUCUCUUGGCACAGCUGAUGUUGUUUUUGAAAAUCGAGCAGAUGCAAUUCGUGCUCUGAAGAAAUAUAAUGGAGUACCACUUGAUGGUCGACCCAUGAAAAUUCAGAUUACAAGUUCCUUCAUGCCGAGACAAAACAAUUUCUCCGAAAGUUUUGGUAGACAGGGAGGCUCUGGUAAUCGCUUUACUGGAAGGGGGCGUGGUGGAAUGCGAGGACGUGGUCGUGGUAGAUUCAACAGAAAUUAAAGAUAUGCCAAAUGUCACCGGAAGAAAGAUUUGUGAUGCCAGAUGCUUAUGCUUUGUUUUUGGUAUUGACUACUUUCUCUUGCUGUAUCAACUGGCGUUUUCAGUCAAGUGUUAUGUUUCAUAUAUUUUAAAUGCGCUACAUUAAAAAGUGCAUAGAACUACAAUGUGUGAUUUACUUCAUGUUGAUAAACAACCAUGAAAGAAGAACUUUUUAAGAUCUUCACAUUAUUCAUCAUUAAACUUGUAAACGGCAUCUUAUUUUAAAUAAAUUUCCAUCUCUCUCUGUGUUCA